UAAAGCAGGAAGUUGAGGCUAACAUGGAGUCCUUGAAGGCAGCAUGUUUUCUCAGAGCUUUCCAGUGAAUAGUUAAUGUCUCUGUUGGCCGUCCUUUUCCUUCUCCUCCCACGCAGCCAAACCAAUACAAACAUUUCUGUACAGUGAGGGUAGGCUACUCUCCAACUAUCCGUCCUUGUUGGGGCACGUACAGGGACGCUACCAGGAUAUUUUUUUUUAAAGACAGAGAAAGAGAGAGAGAAAGAGAGAAAGAGAUGGCACAAACCGACAGCCGAAGUUCAACUUUCCCCGAGAUAGUGGAGCUAAACGUGGGUGGACAGGUGUAUGUGACCCGACUUGAAACUCUCACGGCGGUCCCCAACUCUCUCCUGUGGACCAAGUUCACCCAGAGCUUCCCGGGCGACCUGCCAAAAGACAGCAAGGGCCGCUUCUUCUUCGACCGGGACGGCUUUCUGUUUCGCUACAUUUUGGAUUAUUUACGGGACUCUGAGCUUUUCCUGCCCGAGUUUUUCAAAGAGAGGAGGAGGCUGCAGAAAGAAGCGGACUUCUUCCAGCUGCCGGAGCUGUCGAGGCGCCUCGCAGCGGUCAGUAAAGACAGCUCGUGCACGGAGGACAGCGGGGAGCCGGAGGAGACUCAGCUCACCAGCCCGGUCACUUCCUCCUCGGACAGGACCCUGCGCUCUCCUGGGGUCGACUCCGGCUACAUCACCAUCGGGUACAGAGGCAGCUACACUAUUGGGAGAGACAUCCAGGCUGACGCUAAAUUCCGCAGGGUUGCCAGAAUAACCGUCUGCAGCAAGAUAUGUCUGGCUAAAGAGGUUUUUGGAGAAACCCUGAAUGAGAGCCGCGACCCGGACAAACCGCCUGACAAAUACACCGCCAGGUAUUACCUCAAGUAUAACUUUCUGGAGCAGGCGUUUGACCGGCUGGCCGAGGCGGGUUUCCACAUGGUGGCCUGCAACUCCACCGGGACCUGCUCAUACGCCAGUAAUGACCCGGGGGAAGACAAACAGUGGACCAGUUACACCGAGUAUGUUUUCUCUCGAUGAACGGACUGAAAUCUGCAAAAGUGCAUUCAUGCUCACGACUUAUUUCAACUAUCACUGGGAGCGAUCACCAGUUAGUUCUUUACCGUAAUUAACAUCCCACACUGGCAGUUUCAGACUCGCCUAGUUUCAGUUUCUCGUGUUUUUUUUUGUUUUUUUUGCCACUCUCUGCUCCUUGCAAGUGGGAUCAGCCAGAGUUAAACUUUUCUGCCAUUUUCUCCUUUGUUCUGCAAGAGGACUUACUCCAAACUCAAACAUAAAUCUCAUUGGUUAGUGAGGAGUAAAGACAAAAUGACUCUUUUGAUAUGUCACUGGGUCCUUAGCUGGGUUAUUUAUAUGGCCUCAUAACCUUUAUGGCUUUCACAAAGACUGUUUUGUUCUUAAGUGAAUUACAUAAAUGGUUACUCAGGUUGGCAGAAAUGUUAGCAGCUGGUUCUUUUGAUCCUUACUGAGCUGUGCUUGCAUUGUCAUGUUACUGUAGAGAGGCUACUGAUGUUCUGCACACAUUAACUAGGACAUACAGUGUGUGCUGUAAAUAGCUUAAUGUUUGGUCUGGUUUUGACCCACAGCUCCUCCUUGUAACUCUCAAGUGUUUAAUUCUUUUGGGGGGGUAUGGAAGACAGUAAGUUGCUUCUUUGGUAUGAUACUUUUAUCAGUUGUUUUGUUUUUGUUUUUUUGUUUGUUAAAUUAGAUUUUAUCGAGCACAUAUACAGUAUCACAGCUUUCAAGAUUACACAUUGGGACUUUUUCACAAUGCUACAAUGUUCUGUGCCAUCUAUGAGCUGUUGUCAUUGUUUUCUCUUUAGAUAUGAAGCUCCAGCAAAUAAAGUGUAACACUAUCCA